AUGAGCUUCGGCGGUAUUACGCCUCCGCCCACGUUCUUAUCCACUCCCGGCAAGCCUAACGUUCCAUGGACGCAAUGGAGACAACUUUUCUGCAAUUUCUUGGGAGCCUCACGAGCUGAGGAAUUCACAUCAAAAAGGAAGAAGCAAAUCCUUCUACAUUGCUUGGGGAUAGAAGGCCUUCGCAUUUAUAAUACCUUUCCAGAAGUAGUACACGAAGCUACGCAAACUGCAUCACGUGAAGCCGGCGCAACACCGUCUACAAGUACCGUGUCAGGUACAGUGACGCCUGUCCCUGACGAGUACGAAACGGCCCUACGUACUUUAGAUGCUUACUUCGCUACCACCAUCAACGUGGUGACGGAACGCCACAACUUCAGGAGAAGAACUCAGCUACCGGGCGAGAGCAUUGACGAUUUUGUUUUGGCCUUACGGGAGUUAUCCGCUUCAUGCAACUUUGGCGCCCAAACUGAAGACAACUUGCGAGACCAAUUUGUACAAGGAGUAUAUUCGCAGCAAAUACGUGGGAGGCUUCUCCUUGACGGAUCGGCUCUAACGUUUUCUCGUGCCGUGGACAUCGCCAAGCAUUGUAAAAGGGUAUCGGACGAAACCCAGUCCUUCGUACAUGGUGAUGUCGUUCAAGCCAUCGGCAACGCUCCGUUGUCGAAAACCCGAGGGCGUCAAAGUAAAGGACAAACGCUCCAGCUGCAUCAUUCCCAGAACUCUCAGCGCAAGGACGGAGCGCAAAGACUACGCUGCUAUCGGUGCGGGUCAAUGCAGCAUCUCGCAAAUGCUUCGAACUGUCCAGCGUUUCACAAGCGUUGCAACAACUGUGGCAAGGUUGGUCACUACGCCACGGUUUGUCGUGCGUUGAAGACACCGACGAAAGUACAGGAGCUUUCUACAGAGGAGGAUGAAGUUCUAAAUGUCGUGGUACCUUCAAAGGAAGGGCAAGGCCUCUUCAUCGAAGCGCGUCUUGAAACUGUACCGGUAAAGUUCUUGAUUGAUACGGGAUCGUCAGUAUCCAUUCUGCAAGAAGAUCUCUUCAGGAGACAUUUCGCUCAUCGGUUCACUCUGGUUCCACCGCGCACUGCUUUAGUGGAUUACUCAAGACGGAAGAUUGAUGUAAAGGGGUGCUUCGAGGCUGCCGUCACUUACGAAGACAAGCACCAUGCUGUUCGCUAUUUCGUAGUUUCCAGAGGAACAACGUUAUUGGGACUUGACGCCAUCAAAGGACUCGGCAUACAUAUUGAAGGUGGAACACUCAGCUGCUAUGAAACGUCCUUCGCUUCAUCAAUGCUACCAGACUCACUUGCACAGGACUUUUCACAGCUAUUUCCAACAGAGCUGGGUUUGGCUAACGGAUUUACCCACAAGGUGAAAGUUCGUCAAGAUGUCCCACCCGUAAUUGCUAAACUACGUCGACUGCCAUUGGCAGUUCGCGACGCUGUUACGGAAGAGCUGCGUCGCCUUGAAAAGGAAGACAUACUAGAACGGGUUGAGGCGUCAGAAUGGGUUUCCCCCAUUGUAGUAAUUCCAAAAAAGGAUGGAAAGAUUCGCCUUUGUGUGGACCUUCGUGAGGUGAACAAAGCCAUCAUACCAGACCUGUUCCCUCUUCCACAUACAGAAGAGCUGCUGAAUGCCCUAGCAGGAGCUCAGUACUUCUCUCGAAUCGAUUUAAGGUCAGCGUACCAUCAAGUCCUUCUGCAUCCUGAAAGUAGGUGCUUGACCACAUUUAUUACCCAUGAUGGACUCUACAGAUUCAAACGGGUCUGCAUCGGACUUUCAUCUGCGCCCGCCAUGUUUCAAAGAAUGAUGUCUUUGAUACUCAAGCAUUGCUCCGGAGUAUUAUGUUACAUCGACGACAUCAUUGUGUUUGGGAGACACAAAGCUGAACAUCAAGAAAAUCUUCGAAGAGUGCUCACCGUCAUUCGCUCAACCGGAUUGAAGCUCAAUGCAAAAUGUGUGUUCGAGACACAGGAGCUGGAAUUCUUAGGGCACCACGUAAGCACUCAUGGAUUACGUCCGCUUCGUUCUCAAGUGGAAGCAAUUACACAUGCACCAGCACCAAAGGAUGUUGCUACCCUACGUUCGUUUUUGGGACUUGUAGGUUUUUACUCAAAGUUCGUCCCAAACUUUGCCACGGUCGUGGAGCCUAUGCGUGCCCUACUACGAAAAAAUCAACCCUUCCUGUGGACAGACAUUGUCAAUGACAGUUUCAAUGCUGUGAAGUCACUCUUCAGAGAAGACCGUGUCGUCCACCCGUUCGACCCUACACUACCAGUAAUCGUCAAGACAGACGCUUCUUCGUACGGGCUAGGAGCUGUUCUGCAACAAAUGCAAGGCAAUAUGUAUCGGACAGUUGCUUUCGCUUCACGUACCCUUUCUUCGCAAGAGCGCAAGUACGCUGUAGCGGAAAGAGAAGCGCUGGCAUGCCUAUGGGCAUGCGAGCACUGGCACGUCUACCUUUGGGGUCGUCCUUUUCUUAUUCGCACAGAUCACCAAGCCUUGGUGACAUUGCUAUCGGCACGCGGCACAGGAAGACGUCCACUGCGACUUAGUAGAUGGACAGAGCGCCUUCUUCGUUACAAUUUCACAGUCGAGUACUGCCGGGGUACCGACAACAAAAUAGCAGAUGCGCUGUCGCGAUUGCCUCAGUCACACGAUGCCCAGACUGAAGAACUUAUUCAAGAACACGACUUUGUUGGCCAAAUCGAAACGUCUGUACCGAAGACAGACCUUCAAUUAGCAUCACGGAAUGAUCCGAUCUUGAAACAAGUCAUGGAGUUUGUGAUGGAAGGAUGGCCGUUAAAGCAAGACUUGAUGCCAAGUCAUCAGCCAUUUUUUCGAGUUCAAGAGGAACUCACGGUAUUCGAAGACCUCCUAAUACGUGGAAAUCGCAUAGUGGUACCACCAGCGUUCACGGGACAUCUUUUUGAAAAAGCUCCUCCUGACUGCAGAUACGCCAUCGUGAUGGUGGACUAUUUUUCUAAAUGGCCAGAGGCCAAGUUCUGCGCGAAUGUGACAGCAUCAACAAUUUUGGACUUCCUGAGAUCAGUGUUUGCACGUGAAGGCUAUCCGGACAACCUGGUGUCCGAUCACGGACCCCAGUUCAUUUCACAUCAGUUUGAACAGUUCCUCAGGGAUAGAGGCAUUCAACAUUCAUUUUCAUCUCUGUAUUAUCCACGUGCAAACGGGCUUGUUGAAAGGUUUAAUAGAGUUCUGAGUUAA